CCUUCAAAGAAAGUUCUGCCGCCUCAAAGCUAGUCGUGCAGGCUCGAUAGCCAACUUUAUCUUUUAGCUUUGUUUAUCUGAUCUCUCUCUCUCUCUCUCUUCGCUGAGAAUCUUGCCUUCUCCUUCUACCUCUUCUUCGUCUACUUCCUUCUUCCGGGAAAACUUCUCUUUUUAGUAUUCUAUCUAUCCUCCUCUCCUCUUCGCAGCUCCAGCUCGAGUCCCAUGGCAUUCGCUCCAGUGGCCGUGCGCACUGCAGACGCGCUUCUUGCUCUCGCGCACGAGCUCGCUGCCAUGGCCGCCGACGCAGGCGCUGCGGGAUCGAUGGCUGGGGAAUCCCUCCGCCUCGCACGCAAGGUCUCUCUUCUUGUGCACCUACUCGAGGAAAUUCGAGACUUCGCCUGGCGGAAUGGCGGCGAGGCACCUUCGUCGUCUUCCCCGGCGGAUAAGUUGAAAUGGUCGUGCAUUUCAGAAAUGGUUGUUGCGCUACAGGUAGUAAGGAGGUUCCUUAUUCUUCACAGAGGGAGGAUUUUGGGCGAGAAUUCCGUUGCGGAAUCAAAGUGCAACAAUAUAACAAUCCAAUACCAGUUUGUGGCAUGGCAGCUGGAGAAGGUUAUAGGGAACAUUUCAUAUGAGUAUUUCAAAAUACCUGAUGAAGUCCAGGAGGAGGUUGAAUUGGUGCGUGCCCAACUACGAAGAGAAACUAGAAAGGCUGGAACUGUGAAUUUGAACAUAUUUCAAGAAAUUUUUAGCUUGUUAUCCUCUACCAGUUCCAAAGCUCUUAAACGGCAAUCUCAUUUUAAGUUGGAAGAAGUAAAAUAUGAGACUGAUAGCAAUAUUGAUCAGGAUCUUUUAGACAUAGUUAUACUUGUUGCCAAAGUCAAUGGUAAAUCUAGGUAUCAUGCAGAGAGAAUGCUACCCAAUCUGAUUGAAAGACUUAAAAAAUCUGGCGUUGUUGGCCUCACUGGUAAUGUAAAAGUUGAGAACAAGCUGAUGGAAUAUGGAAGGAGCAUAGCAGACGAGAACAAUGCUGAUUCUCCUGUGAUUCCGGAGGAUUUCCUGUGCCCAAUUUCUCUAGAACUCAUGAGAGAUCCUGUUAUUGUUUCCACGGGCCAGACAUAUGAGCGCUCUUUUAUUCAGAGGUGGAUUAACUGUGGUAACAGAACCUGCCCUAAGACUCAGCAGAAGCUCCAAAACCUUACUUUGACUCCUAACUACAUACUGCGAAGCCUAAUCAUGCAGUGGUGUGAGGUUAAUUUUAUGAUCGAACAACCUCCCCAACCUAUCAGUAGGGCCAAAAGUGAUGGCUCACUUGAUGAGAGUACUAAAGAAAGUUCUUUGAUUGAGGCUUUAGUUUCGAAACUCGCAAGUAGGUCGCCGGAUGAUCAAAAGUUGGCUGUGGCCGAAAUCCGCUUGCUUGCGAAAACUAGCAUGAACAACAGAAUAAUCCUAUCUCAAGCUGGAGCAAUUCCAGCUCUUGUGAGUCUCUUACAUUCAGAAGACAAAAAGUCUCAGGAGCAUGCAGUGACAUCCCUUCUCAACCUCUCAAUGUAUGAUCAGAACAAGGGAGAGAUAAUCCUUGCAGGAGCAGUUAUUCCAAUUGUUGAAGUACUCAAAUUUGGAAACAUGGAAGCUAGAGAGAACGCUGCAGCUGCACUAUUUAGUUUAUCUCUAAUUAAUGAGAACAAGAUAGCCAUUGGUUCUACUCCUGGAGCUAUGGAAGCACUCAUAAAAUUGCUUGAGACUGGUCGCCCAAGAGGAAAGAAGGAUGCUGCAACUGCUUUGUUCAAUUUGUGCAUCUAUCAAGGAAACAAGUCGAGAGCUAUAAGAGAUGGAAUACUUGGGCCUUUACUUCUCAUGCUUGAGGAUUCUGAAACUGGACAUUUGGUGGAUGAAGCACUGACCAUUUUAUCCCUUCUUGUCAGCCAUGAAGAGGGAAAGGAAGCUAUAACAAAUGCGAAUACGAUUCCAAUUCUGCUCGAUUGUGUAAGAACUGGAACAGAACGCAAUAAGGAGAAUGCUGUGGCGAUACUGCUUGGAAUUUGCCAAAACAACAGUAAGAACCUUGCUUAUAUGGGUAGGCUGGAUGCAGUUGUUCCUCUUACAGAGAUUGCAAGGAGCGGCACAGAGAGAGCAAAGCGCAAGGCUAUUUCUCUUCUGGAACAGCUGCGAAAGAUGCAGAUUCACUGA